AUGCCCGGGGAAGUAGUGGACGACGAUCCUUUUGACUGGGACGUGGAUCGUGUAAUCAAGGAGCUGUGCUCUUCAGACCGGACAUGGGAUGCGCCUCCGGCCUCUAAGCUGCCAGAUCCUGUCAAACUCUCCCAGCAGCUCAUUGAUCAUGACAUCGACGGGGAAACUCUCCUUGGCUGGGGAGAUUCUGAUAACUCACUGCAACGUCUGUGCAUUGCAUUAGGCGUCUCUAAGAUCCGCCAUCAACACUCUAUCAUCCAAGCAAUCAAAUUCUUCAGAACUCGCAGUCCCCGCUGGAAGAAAUCGACAACUUUGGAUCCUCAGCAAGAUUCAGAUGUUGAGAUGACCGAGAAACACUGUUCUGUCUCCAAAUCUCCCAGUUUGGGCAAUGGAGAUAGCCGAAUCUUGGCAGUUAUCAAAGACGAAACUUACCGUUUGUCCACCCUACAGAAGGAGACCGGUGGAAGCGUCAUAAAUGAGAAAUCUGAGGAAGGUCUCCCGAAGAAGAGGAAACGAAUCGCUCCUAUCAACACCUCGACGCUGGCAACAGGAAUAGGCUCAAAGACCUUUCCGACCGAAGCUGACCAAUGGAUUGACAAGAGACCCGGCAAUACGAGUAUUACGGGCCUCCGGCAUCUCGGUGCCCAGGGUGAAUUUCUGGGUUCUGGAAAGCUCUCCGCAGCGGAUGUUCUGCAUCCUGAUCCUGAUGGGUCGGACCCCGAUGUCAAAGACCGUGAUUUCUCCUGGAUCCUGACCGGCUUCAUUCCACCGGCACGACGUGUGCAAGUGAACCAUAUCAUGAAGCGACACCUUCGUCACAAUGCCCUUUCAUUUGGGAAAGCCGACGGCCUUCAUUUGGAUGAUGAUGAUGAUGACGAUGAGAUUCUCCCAGCAUUUGGAGAAUCGGGCGACGAGAACGAAUAUGACGAAGAGACCUGGCGAGAAAUCCAGGAAGAAGCCUCAGAACAGAACGAGCACGUCGCAGGUUCCAAAUAUCAAUAUCUCAACUCUGAAGAGGUUGACGCGAUAGUUCAGCAGGCGAUCGAGGAUCUCAAGUCCACUUGGCUUGAAGUCAAGUUACCCCGAUACAAGAAAAAGGCGUAUAAGAUGUGGAUGGAUGCCCGUCAGCAUGGGAGCCGCGGGCAUCAGAUAACCUUUGCCAACGAACGCGUACAUGACCUCGAACUUCGAAUCGCAAAUCUCUGUAAACAUAUAUAUGAACAGAAGUGGGCGAGAGCCGACCAACUCGAGCUUCAGCGACAAACAGCAUGUUUGGAGCAGAGCGUCUUUGAGAGGGAGCAUUCCGCGUGGAUCAUUCGCGUUCUAAACAGUCCGACUGCACCAGAGAAGCCAGCACAGCCCGCAAGACUUACUACUGUCCGACAGUCUAAACCACCGAAAGUGCGAAAGAGUGGCAACGGGGAUGAAGAAUUAUUGACCAGUGCUUCAGAGGAUGACCUAGAUGAUUUCGUCGUGGAUGAUCAGGCACAGGACUUUGAUCCUGAUCCCUUCAUUGUGUCAAGCAAGCAGACUAUUGUUUCGAAGCAUACCAAUAACACUGUAUCGUCUGAGGAUCGACAAUAUGCACCGAUUGCCCGAGGCAUGGUGACCGGGAAUAGUCAAACUGGGGACGACACUGAGAUGCUUGACUUGACAAACAACGACGAGCCGCCUGACUAUGCCGAUGUCGCAACUAUUGCAGAGAUGGGAACCAAGCAUUGGCAACUUGUAGGCGAUAACGAGCGCCAAAUCAUUGCUGUUCUUUACAACUCAGCACCUGAACGUCGCAGAACAAUCCUACGGUACGCUCUCAAUUACAAUGUCGGAGAUGCUUGGGAUGGCGUGAUCAUGGCCGCCUUGAAGAAUAAGGCUUGUCUGGUUGAAUCUUCACCUUCCACACCUCGCUCGAAGCAGCUCAAGGCAAGACUGGGCUUCACCAGAAUCUUCGACUUAUACAUUUCAGGUCACUCUGAUGUUAAGAACAACAGACCUGUCAACAACGAGACUGCUAGAAAGAUAGAGUCAAAGAAAUCGGAGUUUGACAACUUCUUUGCCUUCCUCAGAAGUGUCGCUGAUUUCUUUCCCGUCAACGUGGACCUUAUGCCCUCUAGUCAGAAAGCUGCAGCCUUCGAUGAGCAUGGAUCUCCACCAAGCAUGCAAAAUGGCGAAGCACAUGACAUUCCAUCGGAUGUUCCAACAGACGAGGAUAUGCUUUCUCCUUCUAAGAGACGGAAGCGGCAGAUCAUCAGAGACGAAGCUGCCCAGAAUCUUCGCGACACCGACAAGCGCCGCGUGGAGACGCAAGAGGCUCGGCGCAAAAUUCUUCGCGAGAGACUAAAGAUUACAGAUUCGAUGUCCCAGGACGUGACUAGGCUUAUCAUCAAUGAGACCAGGAAUGACGAAGAAGGCUUCAUUUACAUCAACAAGAUGAUUGCUAGUCGUAUCAAGGACCACCAGAUUGAAGGGGUGCGUUUCAUGUGGGAUCGUUUGAUCGCUGGCUCUUCUGCCAAGCAGGGCUGUCUCCUAGCCCACACUAUGGGGUUGGGUAAAACUAUGCAAAUCAUUACACUCCUUGUUGCAAUUGCAGAAGCGGCUGCCUCGCCGGACCCCUCAAUCAACUCUCAGAUUCCCGAGGAGUUGAAAGAGUCAAAAACUCUCGUCCUAUGCCCAGCCGGCUUAGUUGACAACUGGAUGGAUGAGCUUUUAACGUGGACCCCAGACAAGAUGACCCUCGGUGACCUCAGAAAGAUUGACAGCAGUCAGAAAGACCCUGAACGCACUGCCAAUCUAAGGGCCUGGGCCGAAGAGGGUGGCGUACUGGUUAUUGGUUACCCCAUGUUCACUAGGCUUGCUAACAAGGACGAAUUUCAAUCCUUCCUGUUCGAUGUUCCGAACAUCGUUGUUGGUGACGAAGCACACAAACUUCAGAACCCACAUGCUAAAGUCCAUAAAGCUGCCAAAGGCUUUCGGACAACAUUUCGUAUUGCCAUGACAGGAUCGCCACUCGCCAAUAACGUUGAAGAGUACCAUUCCAUGAUCAAUUGGGUUGCGCCAAACUACCUCGGACCCCUCAACGAGUUCAAAGCCUUUUAUGCUGAUCCGAUCAGAGACGGGCUGUACGAAGAUAGCAGCCCGUCUGAGAGACGAAAAGCGUUCAAGAUGCUCAAGGUGUUGAAGCAAACUGUGGCGCCCAAGGUUCACCGUGCAACUAUCGCGGCUCUACGGGAAACACUGCCUCCCAAGAGAGAGUUCAUUCUCUACCUGAAGUUGACUGAGCGGCAAUUCGAUGCCUACCUGAGAUUUGUCCGUCACCUCAAAGAAAAUCCCAAAGCACAGGACAAGGGCAAUACACUCUUCCAACUAAUCGGUACCCUGAGUCUCCUCUUGGCGCACCCCAAAAUCUUCCGUGCAAAGCUCGAGCAAAGGAAAGCGCUGGAUAAGGAUCAGCAAAAAUCGAAGUCAAUCGCAAACGUGAAAGAGGAUCGUGGUGAUCUCCCCGCAGAGGUUCUGACUGUGGAGGUGCUAAGCAAUCUCUUGGCGACGCUACCAAAGGAAACGAUGGAGGCUAUCAAUGCUUCUUACAAGAUGGCUGUGUUGGUGAAGAUCCUUGACCAGGCGAAGCUGAUGGGCGAAAAAGUCUUAGUCUUCUCGCAGUAUCUGGAUACACUGGAUUAUAUUGAGAACCUUUGUCGCGAGCAGAAGCGACUCUACCUCAGAUUAGAUGGAUCAACUGCUCCGAAUGUUCGUCUGAGGGACGUCAAGCAAUUCAAUACAGGGAAAGACGAGGUCUACCUCAUCUCAACGCUAGCUGGGGGAGUCGGUCUCAAUAUACCUGGUGCCAGCCGUGUUGUUAUAUUCGACUACAAGUUCAAUCCGAUCGCAGAACAGCAGGCCAUAGGCCGUGCAUAUCGACUCGGCCAGACAAAACCUGUAUACGUUUACUGGCUGGUCUUUGAUGGAACAUUCGAGAGGAAUCUCCAAAAUCAGGCUAUCUUCAAACUGCAACUACAAUCCCGGGUGGUGGAUCAGAAGAAUCCAAUUGCACGCGCUCAGAAAGCCAGGGAAUACUGUCGUGACCCUGUGAAUGUCGUACCGCAGAAUCUUGACAGUCACAAUGGCAUGGACCGAAUACUCGAUGCAGUCUUAGAAGAUGAUGCGCUUUCCAGUCACAUCACGUCAAUUGACAUGACGGACACAUUUGACGAGGAGGAGCCCGAGGAGCAGCUAACAGCAGAAGAUAGCAAGGAGAUUGAGAAAUUGAUCCUUCGUAAUCAGCUACGCUGGCAAAACCCGGAAGAGUACAGGCGGCUCGAGCAGCAGGAUGGUGCUUUACAACACAACCAAUCACUUGUUCCUAGCAUCGUACAGCCGACAGAUUCCCCAACCCCUGUGGACAGGGCCCGGUCGGCGCAGACGUUACUCACCGAGAACAGUCUCCCGCUAAUGGGCACUGGCACGGGCUUCAGAACGCGUGCUGCGCCUCAGAUUACCCAGUCAUUCAUUGACGUUCCGGAUUCAUUUGCCAGCAAGUUCCGCGACUCACUGGUGUAUCGUGGUGAGGGAGUUGCUGACAUUGGGGUUCGUCAAGAACGAGCUCGAACGCUGGCCACGGAGGUAGAAGGUAUCAUUGGAGAGCGACAUCCCCAAGGAUUACCGAUGAUGGACGCAUGGCGACGUGUGAUGGACAAGAUUGCGAACUCCGAGAUCUUGGCGGCUUUCCUAGCAGGUGAAAUUUCACCUGGCGACUUUGUCUUUCUCCAAGUUGAUCAAUUGCUGGCUCGCCAAAGGCAGAACGCAUCGAGAGGCAACCUGGUGGCCACGACAGGGGCCCGUAAUGGCAGGGGCGACCCCAAUGUAUGA